AUGGUUGCAAACAGUUCACAAAUGCAGAGAACACUGGGUGUCGUGUUAUCUGAGGACACCUUUUUUACUGGAAUGAGAUCGAGCCAAAGGAGUAAAAGUAUUAAUGCAUUUUUUUAUGGGUAUGUUAACUCACAGACUCAAUUACACGAGUUUGUGACACAAUAUGAAAAAGCAGUAACUCAUCGUCGCUUAAGUGAAGCCCAUGAAGAUUUUAAGAGUCUGAACACAAAGCCGGUCAUGCUCCUUGGACAUCCAAUUGAGGUCCAAGCUGGAGAAAUGUAUACACGCAAUAUGUUUGAUGUGUUCCAUACUGAAUUCAAAGGAUUUGGUACAAAGUUCUAUGAAGAAUUGAGAAAAGAUGGGGACAUUGUUGAAUACAAGGUCUGUAAGUUUACAGAUAGAGGAAAAUGGGAGGUGGUUACUUAUGAACAAUCCAGUCAGAUGCAGUUCUGUUGCACUUGUGCUUUGUUUGAAACUAAUGGUGUUGUAUGUAGACAUAUAUUAUCGCUAAUGAUUGCUAGGUGUGAAGAGAAGAUUAAUUUAUUGAAAUCUUGGGCUUUAAGAGCGAAAUUCAAUAAUGUGCUCGAGCUUGCAUUUGAUUCAGAAGAGAAGCUGCAACAACUUGAUGAUGUGCUAACAAAUUUCAUGGAAUCACUUGAAGAAGAAGUUGGAGAAACUCAAGAUCAAAUGAUGGAUAUUCCUCAACCUUCCGCACCCAUUUCACAUACAAUAGAGAACAUUCCUCAGAUAACAGUUCGUGAUCCUGAUAGACCUGCAAGGACUAAAGGUCGUCCACGCAAUGCUACUAGAAUCCAGUCAGGUUUAGAACAGGCACAAGAAAAGAAAGAAAGGAAGAAACGCAUAUGUAGCAGAUGUGGUGAACUCGGGCAUUAUAGAACUAGCUAUAAAGUUAACUUGCAAAGCUAA